UGUUACAUGUGCAGGUUAAUGCAUCAAUUGAAACAGUAGAAAUACAAUAGAAGUUAACUCAUGCGCUUUCAUAUUUGUGCUCAUUGUGCUGUUUUUUGUAACUGAACUAGUGUUCCUUUACCACUGCUUAGAUAAAUGGACGAACAAACCUGUGGACGAGAUUCGUUUGUUGAAGAGUUCCGGGAGAUAUUUAAUAUGUUCGACACGAAUGGAGAUGGUUCCAUCUCGACUAGGGAGCUGAAAACCAUCAUGCGCUCACUGGGCCAGGAUCCAUCCGAGACCGAACUCCGGGACAUGGUCAAGGGCGUUGAUGCAGACAGCAGCGGCGAGGUAGAAUUCGACGAGUUUGUGAAGCUGAUUGCGAAGAAAAUGCAAAAGGUGGACCUCGAAGAAGAGAUAAUGGACGCUUUUAAAGUAUUCGACACGGACGGUAACGGCAACAUCUCCAAAGCGGAGUUACGUAACGCUAUGACGUCGCUGGGAAAGAAGUUUAGAGAACCAGAGCUAGACGAACUUUUUCAGCUUGCAGACAUUAAUGGCGAUGGGCAAAUCAAUUACAAAGAAUUCGUCCGAAUAAUUUCUCCAACGGGGUGUAUGGGAUCUGACUGAAUGUUGAGACUGAGGACGCUUGACCGAGAGAUCUCGUCACAUUGUUGGAACUGAAUGAAAAUAUAGGGAAAACGAAGUGUUCUUUAUCUUGCAACAUAAUCCCAUUGUGUUAUGUAACAUGUAUAUAAUUGAUAGUUUAGCUUGAAGUUUUUUUUAAUAGAAUUCUUUUUUUUUGCAUUUCCAAUAUUGUAUUCACUUUUGACUGAGGUUUCUGUGAAAGAAAGCUCCGAAGUAGGGCAAGUAGUCGCUGCUUCGUCCAUCCGUUGGAUUUAAUUGAAGUUGUUGCCAUACACUCAUCAUGAGAAGAACUGUGUUAAAAUAAUAUUUAAGGAAAGCGUCCAGUUAUCUUUUUUAUAAAAUUCGCCUAUUUUCCUAAAUGUAAAUAUUUUUAUAAGGACAAACUAGACAAUAAGAAAUGAAUCGUAGACGGGAAAACUAACAAACCAAUGGAGAAAACAUUAAUUUACCAAAAAUAUGUAUUAAAGGGACCGUCAACCGCGAUUGGCGGAAAAAGAAAAGUUUUAAAAUACCGUAUUUUUUAAAACAAUUAUUAGUUUAUAUUGAUUAAAAUAUCACGACUGGUACAUUACAUCACUUUUAAUUUUACAGGGUACAGGUACAGUACCAGGUAACUACCAGUUAACUAUAAAUAACGCAAGUAGAUUGAUCAUUAUCGUCACGUGGUAAACCCAGGAAUGCAAAUUGUUAAUGCGUAGUGAAUUGUAUAUAUGUUAUAAAUAAAAUGAUCAAUCUACUUGCAUUAUUUAUAGUGUGUGUAUCGUUAUGUCACCUAUUUUAGCGAUGUACUUUCGAUUUCACAUCGCGAAUUUUAUUACCGAAUAUACUGAAAAUAUGAUUUUUUUUUCAAGUUAUGUAAUAUACCAGUCGUGAUAUUUAAACUUAUAUAAAAUAAUAAUUGUAAAAAACUUUUCUUUUUUCGUUACUCGCGGUUGACGGUCCCUUUAAGCCUAAAAAGUGUUUUGUUUUCACUCACCCGACCGACUUUAAGAGUUGGCGCUGACACUAAACGCUUUUUUAGUAUUCCAGAUUCAGGUUUAGAUAAAUUAUGCUUCAUCACAUUUUUUCGAAAAAGGAACAUGUACAAACAUGUAUGUUACAAAGAGAUUUGGACGCUAUCUUGCAUUGAACAGUUUUUUUUUUUAAAUAUCUGAAAUGAAUAGGUAUUAAGAACUGAAUCAGAAUGAUUAGACUGGCUAAUAUAUAUUUACAAUAUUUAGUUUCUGAAAAUAUGUUCGGACGAAUUACUUUAAAUUUAUACAAUAUGUUACAGAAUAUAAAACUAAUUUAAGCAACGGUUGAGUAUUUGGCGUUAAAUAACUCGUAGUUAUGACAUCGCAAUAUUAAUAACGCGAUAACACAUGGAGCUAUCAUUGAUUGUGUUUAAUGACUUGACAUCUGCCACCUGUGGUUAAUGACACCAUGUUGUUAUCAAGUAUUUGUCGGCAACGUCUGAUCAUAACGAGGGCAUCGGCUUGUGCUGAACACAGCAGCAUUAAACAAGAUUAUUGAUAGAUCUUUGAUUACAAACCGCGAUACAAACGAUGAAUGCCAAAAUUUGUGCAAAUAAUUGAAUAAAAACAAGCACUUUAAUAAAGAAAUUCAAUUAAUGUAUCCACUCUUAGUCUUAAAUCGGGAAUUAUACGGCUAAUUCUGACUGUCAUCUUGUGUUAACAAUAUCGUUACGUCGCCGAAUGUUCACAAGCGUAAAGAGUUGAAAUUAGAUGCGGCGUUGGACGGCACCAUUAGAAAUGGCAUCACUCUAAGCAUCAUUCUGGAAUUAUGCGAUUCACUUGACUAAGUGCUUUAUAAAUAUAUGCUUAUUUGGAAAAGGGUCUUUUCUCAACAAGAGAUCUGGAUAAAAAAUCUCAUUUUCUAUCGAAAAUUCUUUUCGUAAAUAAUUUUUUUAUAUUCCCUGGCUAUGUGCGUUUAGUUGUCAUAAGAUAAGAAUGACUGAAACAAUUAAAUAUUGCUUAAAAGGUUAAUAAUUUAUCAUUUUGUAAGCAGAAUAAAAUGCAUUUUGAAAAGUAAAUUUUGUAUAAAAUUUACAUUUCAGUAGGUGCACUUUUGAGUUGUCACCGCUCUGUUUAUGUGUUUACAUUUUUUUCUGGUUAAUUUUUGUGUUAUAAAUAUCAAAUGUUUACAGAAACAUUUGUUUGCAUGUAAUAAAUGAAAUAACAGUAAAAUCUGAGAACACCGGUCAGUCAAGGGAAAUGGCCAGAGUGACCGUUGUCGACGAGUGACCGCUAUUAUCGGAUCACCACUUUUUAAAUGGUUGGCCAGAUGGUAGUAUUGCCCUGUCGUUACCCCACCCAGUCGUUCGCACACAGUGUUAAACAAAGGCUUAUCGCUGAUAACUAGGCUGAAGCAUAAUAACAUAAAUAAUUUCAAUUAAAUAAUACAGAAUAAUGUCUUAUACAUUGAUUUACACUUGUUCGUUAAUCCAUCAAAUGUUUGUGUUGUUCAAUAAUAGCAAAAGUAUUGGUACAAGAUCGAUGAAACUUUGCAAAUAUGGCAAUAAGCAUGUGAAAUUGCGCACCUCUAUGUUUUGGUCAACAUAUUGUCAACACCAUAUUUAUGACCCCUUAUUUGCAAAUAUUUCAUAUUGUUAUUUUGUGUAGAGGGCUUACCUGUACUCUGUACACUAAUGACCUAGCAUGUGAACUUGCGCAACUCCGUAUUUUGGUUUGCAGGCUUUCCACACAACCUGUGUUAUGUCCCAUUUUUAUUUCAACAAAUAACAUUUGUUCUACUUGUGUGGCAUGUUAUUAAAAAUACUGCUUCUAGAGAGUUGAA